AUGGUAGAGAGUUUACUUGAGCAGAAGAGGCCGAUUUCAGCAUACAGAGCUGAUCACGACCUGCCAGCCACAUUGACAGCCAACCAGUGGGCUUUGCUGGAAAAAACGGUCACUUUUUUGGCACCAUUUGAGAAACUGACCAAACAGAUUAGCUCCUCCACCUCGUCUGUAGCGGAAGUCAUCCCCUCAGUUACAGUUCUAAAACGGCUACGUGCUCGGGAGAGCCAGGAGGACACCGGUAUGAAAACAAUGAAAACUACCCUUCUUGAGGCCGUCAAGAAACGAUUCGCAACCAUCGAGGAAGAUCCCUUGUAUGCAGUUGCAACUCUCUUGGAUCCACGUUUCAAAGACAGAUACUUCUCAAGUGCAGACAACAUCAAGCAUGCAAAGGAUGCUCUGACAGUAGAGAUGGAGAAGAUUGAGAAGUCACUGGAAAUGACCACCACAGCUGUAGCAGAGACAAUAGCAAAAAACCCCAAGAAAACUGCACGAUUGGAAGUGCAGGUAGGCGGCAGCAGCUGCAGUGAGAGUAGCUUGAAGGGCCUGUUUGAGGAAAUCCUGCAGGAGCAUGAUGAGGAGGAAAUGGUGCAGGUACUACAAGCACACAUGUUCAACUUCAGACAUAUGUGAUGGAGCAAACUAUCUCACACUCAAGACAGCCCAUUCCAGUACUGGGCAGUCAACCAAGUUCAGUUUCCCACUCUGGCUGCCACUGCUGCAAAGUUUCUCUGCGCACCUGGUACCAGUGUGGACAGCGAGAGACUGUUCAGCACAGCAUCUAACAUUGUGGAUGCAAAGAGAAACAGGCUAGGAGGAGAGAGAGCAGACAUGCUCAUUUUCCUGAAAAAGAACUUGCCAUUGUUAUUGAAAUUGUGCGCAUUACUAAGUUCCCACAGCAGUGUGUAACCUAGUUUAAGUUACUUGAAAUAUGUAUAUUUUCAU